AUGGCCAAUGCCACAUGCGAGAUCACAUGGCUUCUCUCCUUGCUGAAGGACUCUGACAUUCAGCACUCUCAUCCCGCCAUUCUCUAUUGUGACAACACGACUGCUAUACACAUCUCGGAAAACCCGGUGUUUCAUGAGAGGAAGAAGCAUAUCGAGAUCGAUUGUCACCUUAUUCGUGAAAGAGUCCAAGAUGGCUCCACCAAGCUUAUUCAUGUCCCCUCAAAACACAACCUUGCUGAUGUUCUCACAAAGCCCCUGUUUCUGAAUCAGUUCCAUGAGUUAAUCUCCAAGAUGAAUACAUUUGAAAGUGUGCCAAAUUCACCUCCUCCACAAGGAGUAGUGGAGGACAAGCCACAAGUGGAAUUGGAAGAGGAAGAGGUGGAUGCUGAAACCUUGCGAACAACUUUGAUAGUGUUGCAGGAGGAGUUAGCUACUCUGAAAGCUAACAAGGAGAAUGUGGUUGAAACUAUGGUGCUGCAGCAAAUGGAGAGCCGAGAACUGAAUGAGCGGAAGGCUGACAUGGAUCGUCGACAGAGAGAUGCCACGACAGCUUUAGAGGCAUCCAUUCAGUUGGCUCGAGGACAACCCGCACCAACCUCUCAACCAAAUCAGCCACCAAACUCUCACCCUCAUCAAAAUUUGCAGUCAUAUCAUCCCCAAUAUCAUCACAAUCCACCACACCCAAGGAGUCCGCAAAGACUAGAACAACCUCUCGCUGCUCAAUAA